AUGCGAGCUAGUGCACCAGGGGAAAAAAUGGGCCAGUCACAUCCAGGCAAAGACUCACCUUACAAAAGUUCAGUUCGAAAGAAUCAACACUCAGAAAAACUGCAACAACCCCAAACAACGCAGGAGAAUGAAGAGGAUCCUGAAGGUACUUCUGAUAACUGGACCGAGAGUUUCAGAACUGUAGAGAAGCCAUACAUCUGCUCCGACUGUGGUAAGAGCUUCAGACUAGAGAAUCGUCUUAUAAGACAUCAGCGAACACAUACAGGAGAGAAGCCUUACGACUGCCCUGACUGUGACAAAAGUUUUGCGCGAUUAGAUCAUGUUAAGUCACACCAAAAAACACACAUGAAGGAGGAACGUAAUUUCCACUGCUCUGACUGUGUGAAAAGCUUUGUCCGAUUGGAACAGCUUGAAAAACAUCAGCUAACACACAAGAAAAGUUACAGCUGUUCAAAGUGUGAGGAAAGGUUUUCAGACCUGGUUGACUGGAAAGCACACUUUUUAGUACACCGAGAGAUCCUCCACUGUCCUGACUGUAACAAGCAGUUCUUGUACAAGGGACUUUUUGAAAGACACAGGAGAACACAUUUGAGAAAAAGAGAGAAAUUUCUCUGCACAAUAUGUGGGAAGGAGAUUCACAACUUUAAAAUACACAUGCGAGUACACACUGGAGAGAAACCAUAUCACUGCACUGAGUGUGGGAAGAGUUUUGCAUAUACAAAAUCGUACAAAAUGCAUAUAUUAACACAUACCUCUGGAGAAAGAGCAACCUAUCCUUGUUUGGAAUGUGGAAAGACAUUUACUCGCAUAGAUGGCAUGGUGAGACACGUGAGGAGGGUUCAUACUGGAGAGAGAAAUCAUCAGUGCGGAGACUGUGGAAAAAGAUUCUUUCGAAAAGAGUCACUGAAGAGACACAGUCUAGUUCACACUGGAGAGAAACCAUACCAAUGCUCUGUCUGUGGGCAACGCUUCUCUCAAGAUGGCGACAGAAAACGGCACGAGAAGAGGCACUACUCUGGUGUCUCAGAUUUCCUCGAUCUAUAAUGCAGAAGUGGUGUUUGGCAUUGCAGGAACCCACCCAAUGUGAUUUCUAACCAGUUGUUCUUUUGCCUCCAGGUGGCCUGGAAUUGCCACCACAGACUGUAGAAAAGACACAGACAGACUGUUGCUGAUACACAAGUCUGAGUAUUACUGUUUUCAUGCAGUAUUUAAAAAAACAUUUUUUUUUUAAAUGUGUUUUAAUAUUUUGUUCCAAAAAGGCAUAGUAUACUAUCAAUAGCGGUCAUUGUUAAAUGAUGGGCCUUCCCCAUAAGUGGUUUGCAGUCAGCUAUAUUGUAUUAAAGAUGCACAAUGCAGAUAUCGCUCCACAAUUUUCCUGGUUGCAAAAAUUCGAAUAGAUCGCCUAUUUCAGUUUGUGACAUAACAAGCAAGGAUAGCGUACAAUGAUACCAUCUAUACCGGUUGUGAAAUAUAUUUUCCAGAACCAAAAAUAUUGUACUUUCAGCUCGUGUCCAAAACCGAAAGUGGAAGAGGCAACUUCCGAACUGGAAGUGUAGAAAUGGCGCACCUAGAACAUAUCUAUCGCUUCUUAGACUUGAUUUCGAUGAGAAUUACAGAUCUAUAACACACAUUUAUGUGAAUUUGGUCGGGUCGCCUAAGAAGUUACAUAUUGCAGCUUUAAUGUUGAUAUUUUGAUUAUCAGGUGGGCCACACGCUACUUUGAAAUAAUGCCUAUGAAAGGUUCCCAACUACAGCCUUCAGAGAGUGUAUACGUUUGCCUGAAAUGUGCUCUUAAGCUGCAGAGGUCAAACAAAUUCUCCAGCUGGCUGCCACCUGUGAGGUAUCAGCGACCCAGAGUUAGGGCAGGGUGGGCAUCUACAGAUCAGAUGCACUACUGAACGCUACAGACAAAACCCAAUACCUUGCCUGGCUACCCAUUUACAUCGAUCCAGCCAACUGACGUUUCUUCUCCACUAUGAGUCUGGAUUUGCCUUAGAUUUCUAGAAUACAAACACCGUUCUGAUUGGUCCCAGAAAUUGAUGGGUUGGCCCAGCGCCAGCCUCCAUGAUGAUGUUAUCACUUUUGAUACUUUGCAUGGAUAAGAUUUGUCGCUGAUGAGUUUGUUUUGUACAAUGCUCCUCAUUUUGAAGUCGCACAAACGACGUCUAGGAUGGCAACGCCUUCAGAAAGUAUUUAUACCCCUUGACUUAUGCCACAGUCUGUUGUGUUACAGCCUGAAUUCUAAAUAUAUUUUUUUCUACACACGUUACCCCAUAAUGACAGUGUGAAAACAUGUUUUCUGAAAUGUUAGCAAAUGUAUAGAAAAUGAAAUACAGAAUUGACAGCCCUUUCAUAUGACGAUCCAAACUGAGUUCAUGUGGAUCCAAUUUCCUUCGAUCAUCCUUGACAGGUCACUACAACUUCAUUGGAGUCCACCUGUGGCUUUAUAAAGACAGGUGUGUUUCUUUCGAAAGGUCCCACAGUUGUCAGAGCAGAAACUAUACCCUGAAGUGCAAGGAACUGUCCAUAGAUCUCAGAGAGAAUUGUGAUGAUGCAUAUAUCCAGGAAAGGGUACCGUAUAAAACAAUUUCUAGAGUGUUGAAAGUUUCCAAGAGCACAGUGGUCUCCCUCAUUGGGAAAUUGAAAAAAUGCGGAACUACCCAGACUGCCGAGAGCAGGCCGUCCGACUAAACCGAGCUACCGGGUAAAAAAGGACCUUGGUCAGGGAGGUGACAAAGAAUCCAAUGACCAUUCUGAAAGAACUAGAGUUCCUUGACUGAGGUGAAAAACCUGUUCAGAAGGAUGACAGUCUCUACAGCACUUCACCAAUCUGGGAUUUAUGGAGUGUGACCAGACAGAAGCCACUCCUUGAGAAAAAGGCACAUGACAGCACCCCUGGAGUUGCAGAAAAGUAUGAACGACUGAAAGAACAAGGUAAAAGAUUCUGUGGUAUGAUAAAAUCACUUUUACUCUUUGGCCUGAAUGCAAAGCGCUAUGUCUGGAGAAAACCAGGCACAACUCAUCACUCGUCUAAUACCAUCCCUUUUGUGAAGCAUGAUAAUGGCAGCAUCCUGCUAUGUGGAUGUUUUUCAGCGGCAGGGACUGGGAGACUGGUAAGGAUGGUGGGAACAAUGAAUGGAGCCAGAUACAGGCAGAUCCUUGACGAGAACGACCUUAGACUGGGGCGAAGAUUUACGUUCCAAUGACUCCAAGCAUACAGCCAAUGCAAUGCUGGAAUUGCUUCAGAACAAGAAUGUGAAAGUCCUUGAGUGGCCCAGACUUGAAUCCCAUUGAAAAUCUGUGGAAAGACUAAGAUUGCUGUUCACCACUCCCCAUCUAAUUUAACAGAUGUGCCACGCUGAUACAGACAUACAUGACUGAAAUACGGAAUCGAUGCCAAAGGUGCUUCUACAAAGCAUUGCCUCAGGGGUGUGAAUUAUGUAAAUUAGAGAUUUAAUUUUCAAUACAUUUUUAAAAACAUGUUAUCCCUUUUGUCAUUUUGGGUAGAUGGGUGUGAUUUUAAGUAAAAAAAAUGUUUUUUGAAUUCAGGCUGUAAUACAAUGUGGUCAAGUGGUAUCAAUACUUUCUAAAGCCAAUGUAUGUAGUGAUGAAUAGAGCAGCAGAAUUAGGUUCAGGGUAUCGUCAGGCAACCCAAUACCUUCAUUAGUUAGGCUUUUAAACAUCACUCGAUGGGGAAGAGGUUCACAUUUAAGAGGUUUCUGCUUUUAAUCAUAUUCUUAUUUGUAUAUUGUUAUUCCCACUAUGUAAUACAAUCUGCAUUGCAAACUAGAAUUUUGAAUAAAAGAUGAGUAGGAUGUGUUUACA